CUUCAGUUAGCCGAUUCAAUGCCUGAUCUACAUGUUCAGCAAAGUGUUUAAAAGUUUUACUCCCACUAUUACGCAUUCAAGAUCACACCUCCACACUGUCCCACUAAAGUGCUUCACCCACCCCACCAUGAAAAGACCAGUUUUGGACAAAAUAGAGCUCAACGAAACAGAGACCAACAUCACCAACCUAUUGGUGGAGUUCUGCAGCCACUACAACCAGUCACACACGCCUGAGGAGGCAUUGGUGUUGCGAAUCACUGGUGGCUGGGUCAGAGAUAAGCUCUUGGGCAUAGAGAGUAACGACAUCGACAUCGCCAUCAACCACUUGUCGGGAGAAGUGUUUGCCUCCAAGUUGUACGAGUACUUGGAGCAGAAAGACAAGUCGUUGCAGUUGAAGGCCAUUCACACCAUUAAGAAGAACCCCGAGAAGUCCAAGCACUUAGAGACCUGUACCACCAAGAUCUAUGGCCUCGAUAUCGACUUUGUCAAUUUGAGAUCGGAGGAGUACACCUCGGAAAGCAGGGUUCCUAUCAUGAAAUACGGCACAGCAGAAGAGGAUGCCCUCCGUAGAGACGCAACAUUGAAUGCGUUGUUCUACAACUUGAACGAACGCAAGAUAGAAGACUUCACGGGCAGCGGAAUGAACGACUUGAAGCAGGGUAUCUUGAAAACACCCUUACAGCCCAUGCAAACGUUCUUGGACGAUCCUUUACGUGCCCUCAGACUCAUCAGAUUCGCCUCUCGCCUCGACUACGAAAUUGAGGACAAUACGUUGAUGGCUAUGAAGAGUCCAGAGUUGAAAUCCACCCUCGUACACAAGAUUAGCAGGGAACGAGUGGGCAUCGAGAUGGAAAAGACUUUCACGAGCGCCAACCCGGGCUAUGGGUUGCGUCUUAUAAAUUACGUGGGCUUGAGCGAUAGCAUUUUCAACUUUGGGACUCUUACGGAGACCAUAACCGAGCUCAACGACCAGUCCACAUUGUCAGCUUUGGAGCACGCCAAUGGCCAAUUAGUGCGCCAGAUUAACGCUGCCACCUACUCAUUCCCAUUGUUCCAACAUGUUUUCCAGAGGAUCCCUAAGGACUCCCAAUUAUCCAGUGUGUAUUCAACCAUCUUUUCCAAUGUGGAGUUCGUGAAAGCAUUCUGGAUUGCUGCAGUCUUACUGCCAUACAAAGACAUGACAGUCAAGACCAACGCCAAGAAGAAUGUGCUGACUCAUGUUCCCGAGGUUUUGUUGAGAGAAGGGUUGAAGUCAAGCAAAAGUGAAAUCGAUAAAGUAUCUGUAUUGACCAAAUACAGAGACUCCACAACAGACGUGCUCUCGAGAUUUUUUGAGGACAGAUCCAGUGUGCCUAGAUCAGAGCUUGGGUUGUUGUUGAGGAACUUUGGGUCUUUCUUGCCCCUUGGGAUUCUCCAUAACUGCUUCAUAGAUAUUGUGCAGCCCAUACUUCAGCUCAAUCUUCCCGUUUCCAAGCCCCAGCCCACGUUCGAGUACGAGCCAGAGCAGUUGGAAAGCCUUGAGACGAACAUCAAUAACCAGCUCCAAAAGUACGAAACGUUCUUGAAUGCGGUGGAUGACUUGGGGUUAAAGGACGUGUAUUUGAUGAAGCCAAUCGUGGACGGCAAGACGCUUUCCAAGGAGUUGGGUAUCAGGCCUGGUCCAUGGAUGGGACAAGUCAAUAAUGCCUUAUUGGUGUGGCAGUUGGACAAUCCAGAGAAAGGAAAGAAAGAUGCAUUAGUGUAUGCAAGAGAAAUUCUCCCUCAGUAUACCUGAACCACUCAGCCAUUAAAUUAAAAAUUGGUGUAUAUAGAGCAUAGAAGUCAAGGGACAAAUGACACUGAUAUCUACACCGUAGGACCGAAAUAAUGGUAUUAUCUAGUCUACUUCACUUUAGUUAUGCCGUUCAAUUAUUAGCCUGCGGGUG